CCAAAUCCUACAAGUAUUCAAACAAUAUCACAUAAUAUUUCUGCUCUUCUGGUCAAAUCAUGGUCGAAUAGCUAAUUGCGAGAAGUAUUUUGAAACAGACAGUGCUUCGCGGGCCCACUGCCACUAUUUGCACCACUUGUCCUCAACUUUGUUAUUUACACUACGGUAGCGCGCGCGUUGCAGGUAUUCUCAACAUCAUCAUUCACUUACUUGUGAUGAGUUUUAGUUCUCCUGACUAAAGCCAGAGAAUUGACACCAUGAGGUCUCGAAGAAUUAAUUCAAAGUGUGAGAGCACUAGCAUUUAUGCCAUUGAGAAGGCUCCCUUCAAAGAUCAGCCCGGAAAUGGUAUAAAUUUUGAUGACUGUAUUAACCCCAAACCUCCUCACAUUCUAAAGUGGGCAUCAAUAAAGCGUUUAAAGGAAAAUAGUUUGCAAAAGGUUUUGAAAAAUAUUCUUGACACUAAUGUUGGUGUUGAUUUCAAAGAUCUUGUGAAUCAAGGUUUAAAGAAAGAAAUAAACUAUAAGUACUUGCUCAUUGAACUUGGAAAACUGUUGAAACAAAAUAAUCGAUUGUAUCUGUAUAUUCAUCUGGCUCUAGAGCAAGUAAAGUCGAAGGUUGAGAAUGAACUUAUAUAUCCUCGUAAAGUGGUCUUGCAAGUCCUUCACUUUAUUAUUUCUCAUGUUGGAGUCUCAAGUCUUCUUGGCUCCAAAAUAAAUUUUAGAUUAUUUAUGAAGUUAGUUAAGAAAGUCAUCUAUGGAAGUCACCAUCAAAACUUCAGCUUAAGUUCCAUGGUGCAUGGGUUUAAAGUGAGUCAUAUUCUAUGGCUCCAGCAGUCAUUGCCCUCAAAUAGUUUACGACUCCACGUGUUAGCCUGCCUUGUGAAGUGGUUGCUGCUUUACGUUCAAAAUAUUGUCAACCAGAUAUGGCGCCUUGUUUCUCUAUCCUCCAAAGAACUAGUGUUUUGUGACAAGACUCAAUGGCAAAAGAGGAAGAAAGCAGAAAUUGACUCUUUAAUCAGAAGUGGACCUAUUAGGCCAAUUGCUGGAAAAGAACAGGAGGAAAGGGUUCUUCAUCUUGGUCGGACACGCUUUAUAAUCAAGCCUAACGGCCUUCUUCGACCCAUCACUGUGUUUAGGAAGCCAUCUGAUCUUGCAGAUAUCAAAUUAAGAGAAAAUGCAAGAAUGUUAGUGUCUCAGUUUGCUCACUUUAGUGGAUCUACAAACACUAUUUUUGGUCCUUGUAUUGACAAGCUUCUCCAAGAUGGUCUGCGUGGAAUUAUUUCAUGUCAUCCUCACCCUCACACCAGACCACCAUAUUACUUUGUAAAAGUGGAUGUGAGUGAUGCUUAUGGUUCCAUUCAUCACAGCACAAUGCUUCACAUUUUGCAAACUGUUUAUGAAACUGUGAAACCCUCCGAUGGUGACUUGGAGAUGAGAAAUGUUAAAUUGGGCCGUAAAUCAUGUAUAAUGUUUGAAUCUUCCCGUUUAGUGAUACCUUCUUCUGUCAUUAAAGGAAGCAAGGUCAAGAAUGCCGAGAUAGAACCUGUCCUCCAACAUAUUCAUGAAUGUGUUAGUUUUUUGGGCACUAAAAUAGAUGGUCAAGUAUAUCGAAUUCGCCAUGGCAUUCCUCAAGGAAUGUAUCUUUCAUCGGGUCUAUGUGAAUUGUAUUACAGCUCUCUUAGCUCUAAAUUCCUACGUGAAUUUCAAGAGACAAGAAAGGAUGAAAUUUUCAUCCGUUACUGUGAUGAUUAUUUAUUUGUAACACCAUGUAAAGAAAGGGCUGAGAAGUUUUUGUUGACAUGCCAGUUUAAUUUCCCUAAUCAACACGUUUCAUUCAAUGAUUCAAAAGCAUUAACCAAUUUGUAUGACAAUGGUAUAUCAACUGUUCCUUUCUGUGGAUACUCCAUUGAUGUCAAUAUGUUUCAAAUACAAUCAAACUUCUCAUCAUACAAGAACACAAAUAUUGUUCACAGUCUUGAUUUAACAAAAACUAAAAACCCAGGAAGACUUAUUCUAUCUCGGAUGAGGAUUGUUCUCAAGCUGCAUCCAUGCCUGCUGGAUAUCAGGAUCAAUUCCAAACAUGCUAUAUUGACAAAUAUUUACAAAUCAUCCCUUCUAUCUGCAUUUCGAUUUUAUGCUUAUGUGAACUGUUAUGUGCCAGUUGGUAAAUUAAACCAAAAAUUUUUCCUUCAGUGCAUUAAGAAAGGAUACCGAGUAAUAAGGAACAGAGUUUUGAAAGUAGUGGCCAAGACUUUUUACUAUGAAGGUGAAUGGAUCUUCCGAAGUGAGAUAAAGUUAGUUGUCCUGAAGGCUUUUGUUGCUCGCAUUCUCAAGGGAGGUGGUGUCCAUCAAUAUCCGAGGAUUCUUAAAUAUCUAAAAGUCACAUGCGAUAAAAUAUCUCUCCACCUCCAGCCUGGCCAGUUAAGAUUGAUCAAGGCUGUCACCGACCCUCUUCUGCCUGACAUUUUCGAAUCAAUGAAAUGAUGUUAUUCCAUUUCCUUCACUGAUGAAGAACAGCGGUGGUGCCUGGCUAAUGCCAAGUUGCAUGUUCGAACUGCUUCUCCAUCUUAUUUUCAUUAGAUGCCAUGUUUGGGUGAAAGAAUCUGUUAAUGUAACUGCAUGACACAAAAUUUGGGAUGAAAGGAAUCAAUUUUGCUCGAAGUUGCAGUUCUGAAAUCUGUGCCCAAACAUUUGGUGGCCUCAGCGGUGCAUAUUUUGUCAGUAAUUGAAUUGUUUCUCAUUGACUUACUCACAUUAGUGAAAUGUUUCACUCAAAUAAAAAAACUCAAUAAAUUUAA